AUGGGGGCUGGAAGUGAAAGGGUCUCUCUCUUGAAUAAAGAUGCUCGGAGGCAGGCGAAUGGGGCAAAUGAUGGUCCUGCAACAGACCUUGAGCAUGGAGAUGGCAUACAGGCAGCAAACGUUGGAUUUGGUAGAGUAUUCUCACUGGCAAAACCUGACGCAGGGAAGCUAAUUAUUGGCACUAUAGCACUGCUGAUAGCAUCCACCACUAGCAUUCUCAUUCCAAAAUAUGGUGGAACGAUAAUCGACAUUGUAUCAAAAGAUAUAAGGACCCCUGAACAGCAAAAUGAUGCUUUGGAUGACGUCAAGAACACUAUAAUAGCUAUGGUUUCCAUAGUCGUUAUUGGUUCUCUGUGCACAGCACUUCGGUCAUGGUUGUUUUCUUCGGCUAGUGAAAGGGUUGUUGCUCGUUUGAGGAAGGAUUUAUUCAGUCACCUUAUCCAGCAAGAGAUCGCCUUCUUUGAUGUUACUCGCACAGGAGAACUCCUGAGCAGGCUAUCUGAAGAUACCCAAAUCAUAAAAAAUGCUGCAACUACCAAUCUCUCAGAAGCACUACGAAAUCUGACUACCGCACUUAUUGGAGUUGGCUUCAUGUUCACAUCAUCCUGGAAGUUAACAUUGCUGUCCUUGGCUGUCGUUCCGGUCAUUUCAGUUGGCAUACGUAAAUUUGGGAGAUUUCUUCGUGAACUUUCUCAUGAAACUCAAGCUGCAGCAGCAGCAUCUGCCUCAAUUGCUGAGGAAUCUUUUGGGGCCAUUCGAACUGUGAGAUCCUUCGCACAAGAAAGUUAUGCAAUUUCUAGUUACUCAGAAAAAGUUGAUGUGACCCUGAAGCUUGGACUUCGACAAGCCGGAAUGGUCGGUUUAUUUUUUGGAGGCUUAAAUGCAGCAUCUACUUUAUCUGUCAUCGUGGUGGUUGUUUAUGGUGCUUGCUUGACAAUAACAGGAUCCAUGACUGCAGGCGCCCUCACAUCCUUCAUUCUUUAUAGCCUCACAGGUUCUCCCUUGAUUUUCAGUCCUGUCAAAUAUACAGGGCAGAUUUCAUUAAGUUUUUCCCCUCCUGUUGUUGAUGGGGAGAAAUCUGAAUUUAUUUAUAUGGAAACUGACUAA